AUGGAGCCAGGAAAACCGAAACAAAAACCAAAAACACCACCAACUAAACGAAAAACCAAAGCAUCCAACUUGAGCAAAGAGCAGCUUUUGGCAGCACUGCAAAAGAAAAAGGAAUGUAAUGUUCGUGCCCAAAAAAUUGUAGAAUCGUUUCUGGAUCCAGUGCCAAUAGAUAAAAUUGAAUAUUUUUUGUCAAAUUUGAUCCAUAUAAAUCAAUCCCAUUACGAUGAUAUAGUGGAAGAGCGAUCAAUAUCGAAACUAUGCGGCUAUCCAUUAUGCGACAAUAUCUUGAAAGAAAUACCGAAACAACAGUACAUCAUCUCAAGUGCACAAAAUAAAGUUUUCGAUAUCACCGAGCGUAAAAAGUUUUGCAGUAACAAGUGCUACAAAUCAUCCAUUUAUCUCAAGGAGCAAAUUUUAACCUCGCCGCUUUGGAUUCGCAAAGAUGAUGACAUCAUACCUGAAUUCAAGCUAUUGUCAUUUGAAGAUGCAGACAAGAGUGAUACUAGUAAUAAGGAAGACAAAACAGAGACACAUGGUGAUAAUGAACAGAAAUUAGACAAUGUAAAUGCUUGUGAAAAUAAGAACGAUGUAGAAAAUAGCUUAAGUGAAAGUAGCAAUAAUACUGCAAAAUAAGACUGCCCUAUUAGGGCAAUCGAAUUUGAUUAAUUAUCUGUUAUAUGAUAAUGAGAAAAAUUUGAAUAAAUAAUUGCAUCAUGCAACGAAAUUUA